AUGAUAGCCAGCUUGUUGCUCACAGUGACCGCGGCCGGCGCGAUGGCCGCAAGCUCGCUUGGUAGCACACCCCAGAUGGGAUUCAACACCUGGAAUUCAUUCAAGGCGAACUACAACCAGAGCAUCAUCCACGAUGUCGCAGACCUAAUGGUCUCACUCGGGCUCAAAGACGCGGGGUACAACUAUCUCCUCCUUGACGAGGGCUGGUCCGACAUGGAGCGCACAGACGAAGGAUACCUACAAGCGAACCGAACAACCUUCCCCGACGGGAUCAAGCCACUGGCCAAGCGGGUCCACGAGAUGGGAUUGAAAAUCGGUCUCUACGGGGAUAGCGGGAUCCUCACCUGCGGAUUUCGGCCGGGGAGUUGGGGAUAUGAAGAGAGGGACGCGAUGACUCUUGCGGAGUGGGGCGUCGAUUACUGGAAGUACGACAACUGCGGAGGAUUCCAGGCGAUGACUCGCGUGCCCCAGGAGAGGUUUCUGACCAUGCAGAAUGCGCUGCUGCGGACGGGGAGGGAGAUCUUCUUCUCUGUGUGCGAGUGGGGGUUCCAGUUCCCGUGGCAUUGGGGUGGCGGUAUUGGGCACUCGUACCGAAUGUCCGGCGACAUCACAGCUUCCUUUACGAAUGAAACCGACUGUCCGUGCAAAACCGCGUACUGCCUUAAUACAGGCUACGCGGGAUGUUCAGUCACCACUAUCCUGCGCAAAAUGCGAGAAAUCAGUGUCUACCAAGAGCGCUCGCACUGGCUUGACAUGGACAUGUUAGAGGUGGGAGUCGCCAACAUGACCAUCCACAUGCAACAGACGCACUUUGCGUUUUGGGCAGCGUUGAAGUCACCGCUUAUUAUUGGAGCGGAUCUGCGCAGUCUGGAUAAGGAAAGCCUUGAGAUAUUAAAGAACAAGGAUAUCAUCGCCUUGAACCAGGAUCCAUUAGGCCGUCCGGUUCAUUUCAUUGAAAACGCAGGGGUCGAAGGCUUCAUUCAAGUCUGGGCAGGGGAGCUGGAGGAAGGACAUGUUGUUAUGGUCUUUAACGAGAAGAGUUAUCCACAUGACGUUUCCAUUCCACUCGCGGAGCUGAAUUUGGGAAUCAACUACCCCGUACAUGCGAGGGAGCUGUGGUCUGGCAAGUCUUGGGGGUUGAUUUCAUCUAUCGAGGCGACUCUUGAGGGUUAUCAGACUUUGGUUUUCAGACUUACAUAG